CAGCAGCUGAGGUGUGAGCAGCUGCCGAGUCGGUGGCUGGGAGAUCCGGAGCCGGUCGCGGAGGAGCCGAGACACAGAGACCGUCCGAGCUGUAGGCACCAUGUCAGAGCCAUCCCGGGACGCCCGCCCGAUCCCCCGUGGCAGCAAGGCCUGCCGUCGCCUGUUCGGCCCGGUGGACAGUGAGCAGCUGAGCCGAGACUGCGACGCGCUAAUGGCCAGCUGUGUGCAGGAGGCCUGUGAUCGAUGGAACUUCGACUUUGUCACUGAGACACCGCUGGAGGGUGACUUCACCUGGGAGCGUGUGUGGGGCCUGGGCUUGCCCAAGCUCUACCUGCCCUCAGGGCCGCGGGGGGCCCAGGACAACCUGGGAGGAGGCAAGCGGCCCAGCAGCUCACCUGCCCGGCUGCAGGGGGACCACGUGGACCUGUCACUGUCCUGCACCCUCGUGCCUCGCUCUCCUGAGCAGCCUGAGGGGUCCCCAGAUGGGCCUAGCACGUCUCAGGGCCGAAAACGUCGGCAGACCAGCAUGACAGAUUUUUAUCACUCCAAACGCCGGCUGAUCUUCUCCAAGAGGAGGCCCUGACCUGCCCCCUGGAAGCCGGUCUCCUGGAAACACAGGCCUCCUGCAGGCCCAUUCUACAUCUUCUGCCUUCGCCCUUCAGUUUGUGUGUCUUAAUUAUUAUGUGUUUUAAUUUAAACUCCUCAUGUAUAUAGCCUGUCCGGCACCACCCUCCCACCCUGUCAGCUGCUGGUAUUAGAAUUAUUUAAAGAAAACAUCACACAUUAGAAUGGUAGGCUUAUUAGAUUGUCAGAUAUUUUUAUUAUGUAAACUGGUAUUUAAAACCUCCUCAUCCUGUGCUCUCAAUCUCUCCGUUUCUUUUCUCCUGGAGGUAAGGUGGGGCCUGCAUGACCCUCACCUGCUGGAUGGUGCUCUCUGGAGGGCCUGGCUCCCUCUGUUCACUGUUUCAUGGACAGAAUGAAAUUCUGCUCCUUUCCUUUAUUCUCAGACUCGAAUUCCUUAUAAUCUGAGAAGUAAAGAGAUAGCACUUUGAAGGGUGCCCAGCAGAGUGGGGCAUCAUUCAGACUCUGGAGUCCCCUUGUCUUCUCUAAGGUUGGGCAGGGUAACCUUGAAGUAGGUACUGUUUGGAAGGGGGUGGGGAUUGGCCCCUCCCUGAUGCCCCUCCUGUCCUGUGAGGGCAUGGGAGAGGGAGGGUCCUGCAGCGAAGCACCCACCUCCCUCGUGCCCCAUGCCGCUCACGUGGGAGCCUCUCACGGGGUUUGGCUUCCACUGUUGGCUUCCCGGGACUUUACUAGGAGCCCAGGUGCCCCCUUUUCCAGCUGGGCUUUCAAGUCCUCUCUUCUCUCCCCCCACGUUCUUUCCAUCUAAUCCCCUCUCAGUCCUGGGCAGCUGCUCUGGGGUGCCUGUCCCCCCAACUCAGUGGAUUGGGAGGGAAGGGGCACACUAGAAGUAGGUUCCCCAGUUCUACCUCAGGCAGCUGGAGCAGCGAGCGCCCCUCCUCUGAGCACUGGGGGUAGAGUCCUGGGUGGUCCCACAGGCCUCCUUGAGUGGGGAUCUCUCUGAUGGAGGUAUGUGGGUGGGGGGAGCAGGGUUUUCUAGGAGGGAGAGUGUGACACUAGCCUCUGAAACUCAUCCAAGGCUGUUCCCCACCUGCUCCACCCCUCUCCCAUGUCGUUGCACUUUGAAUAGCAGCGGAACAAGGAGCCAGGUGUUUCAAAUGAUGGGCUUGAGGCUAUGGCUGGCUCGCCUGGUGGGCUGACCCAGGCCUGGGCGUUGUGAGUUGUCUUUCCUGGCACUGAACCCUGAGCCCACAGAGGCACCAAAGCACUUAGUGUGUCUGCCCCAAACACCUCCCAGCUUCUGUAACAUCCUGGCUCCCAUGUGUUCUGGUUCUCCUGUCUUUACCUAGACUGUGCACCUCUAAAGGGUAGGGACCACGUCCUAUGUUGCUCUGUGCCCUUCAGAGCCCCCUACCCCCACCCCACCCCAGUAUUGUGUAUACAGCUGGUGCUCAAUAAAUAUUUCUU